GCUGCUGUCCGACGGCAACAGCAGUUCAGUCCUGUCAGUUUCUUGAUUUCUUCCUCGCUGUCGGGCGUCAAUUGUGUAUUACUACUGCGUGUCCAACAUUUUAUCAGCACAGCAGCAGCGCAGCUCGCCGCCAUGGCGAUAGGCACGCGUCGCCGUCUGGGUCUGGCUCCUCUCUCCUUCUACCUCGCUCCAGCCACAGCCUCGCUCCUCCUAACGUUAUUCCUCCACGCGCCGCCGCUCGCCGGCGCGCAGCCGCUGCCGUGGCAGCUCUGCGACGACCCCGCCGGGAACUACACGGAGGGCGGCGCGUACCAGGCCAACAUACGCGCCCUCGCAAGCGGCAUCCCCAAGAACGCCUCCUCCUCCCCGGCCCUCUUCGCCAAGGGCGCGGCCGGCAGGGCCCCGGACGCCGUCUACGCGCUCGCGCUCUGCCGCGGCGACACCGCCAGCGCCAACGCCUCCUCCUCCUGCGCGUCCUGCGUCGCCGCCGCCUUCCGGAACGCGCAGCAGCUCUGCGCCUACAGCCGGAUCGCCACCAUGUACGACGACCCCUGCAUCCUCCGCUACUCCGACCGGGAGGACUUCCUCGCCAACGUCACCGACAACGGCGGGAAGAUGCUCGCGUGGAACGCCAACAACGUCAGCGCGGACGUAGCGCCAGCGUUCGACGCCGCUUCCGGCCGGCUCGUGAACGCCACCGCCGACUACGCGGCGGCGGACCCGAGACGGCGGUUCGGCACGGGGGAGUUGGACGGGUUCGACGAGACUUACCCCAAGAUUUACUCGCUGGCGCAGUGCACGCCGGACAUGACGGCGGCUGAGUGCCGGGCCUGUCUCGGCGACAUGAUUGGGCGGUUCACUCCCCGGUAUUUCGUGGGGAAGCCGGGCGGGCGAGUCUUCGGCGUGCGCUGCAAUUUCCGGUUCGAGACCUACUCUUUCUUCUCUGGGCGCCCGCUGCUGCAGCUCCCAGGCGCGCUGCCGCCUGCACCGGCGCCGGCAGCGGCCGGAGAAGGAACAACAAGACGUGGUGCAGGACCAGUCUUGGCAAUUACACUGCCUAUAGCUGCUGCAGCAUUACUUCUCAUUGCAACGUGCGUUUGCUUCUGGAAGAGGAGAAAACAUACGGAAAGAAAGGCGUCAGUACCAUAUUCAACUAAUCAAGAUGACAUUCAGAGCAUCGAUUCCCUCCUCCUUGACCUAUCGACGCUGCGGGCUGCAACAGAUAACUUCGCCGAAAGCAACAAGCUUGGCGAAGGAGGCUUCGGCGCGGUCUACAAGGGCGUCCUUUCUGAAGGCGAGGAGAUAGCAGUGAAGAGGCUGUCGCAGAGCUCCCGGCAAGGAACAGAGGAGCUGAAAACAGAGCUAGUCCUGGUCGCCAAUCUCCAGCACAAGAACCUCGUCAGGCUCGUCGGCGUCUGCUUGGAAGAGCAGGAGAAGCUGCUCGUGUACGAGUACAUGCCGAACCGGAGCCUCGACACCAUUCUUUUCGGUACCAUUCAUCCGAUAGAUUCUAUCCCUAGCCGGGCAUACAUAGUUACAUACUGUCACUGGCUCAGCUGUCUGACCGUCUCUCUUAUGUUUGUGUAUUGGUUUCGAUGGAUGAAAGAUCCUGAGAAAAGCAGAGACCUGGAUUGGGGGAAGAGGCUGAAGAUCGUGGGCGGGGUGGCUCGAGGCCUGCAGUACCUCCACGAAGACUCCCAGCUGAGGAUCAUCCACCGGGACCUCAAGGCGAGCAACGUGCUGCUGGACAUGGACUUCAGCCCCAAGAUUUCCGACUUCGGCCUGGCCAAGCUGUUUGGGUGGGACGAGUCGCAGGCCGUCACUAGCCACAUUGCCGGAACGUACGGAUACAUGGCGCCGGAGUACGCGAUGCGCGGGCAGUACUCGGCCAAGUCGGACGCCUACAGCUUCGGCGUCCUGGUCUUGGAGAUCCUCACCGGAAGGCGGAACAGCAGCUUCGCUAACUCGGAGCAAUCCGUUGACCUCUUAAGCCUCGUAUGGGAGCACUGGACGAGGGGAACAGUGGAGGAGCUGGUGGACCCGUCGCUGGGCGGCCGUGCUCCGGGAGGCCCGAUGCUGCUGAAGCUGGUCAACGUGGGGCUGCUGUGCGUGCAGGACAGCCCCGCGGACAGGCCGGCCAUGUCGGCCGUGAACGUCAUGCUCAGCAGCAGCACGGUGUCUCUGCAGGCGCCGUCGAGGCCCACGUUCUGCAUCGAGGAGAUGGAGGGCUACUCCGACAUGUACUCGGCGACGUAUCCAAGGGGAUCCCGGCCCACCAAGGUGCAGACGGCCAUGUCGCCGAACGAGGUCUCCAUCACGGAGCUCGAACCAAGAUGAGGGCUGUGAAGCAAUUUGCUUGCUACUAUACGUAUACUACGUACUAUACUACUGAAUCUCCUGUAUUUAUGUUGUUGUGACCUUUUAAUAUGCUGAAAGUACUCAGCAAGUUCUGUGCUACUGUAGUAUACUAAGCACUAAAGUAAAGUAAUUAAGGUUUGUUGCACA